AUGUCGGUAACGCCGUAUUGGGUAGCGGCUCUCUAUCGCGCGCUUCCUGAUCCCCAGGCCGACUACUCGUCGAUGCUCGCGGUUCACUGGGAGCUUGAGUGUCUGUGUGGCGAUACCAAGGGCACCAUCGUGGGCCCAACUCCACUUCGAAAAAUUUGCCACUGCCGAGACUGCAAGAAGAUCACCGGUGGCAUGUACAGCGACCACCUGGUUGUCCAAGACGAGAAUAUCUCCUACCAAGGCAAGUCCUUUCAUACUACCCAUACCUAA